AGAGAGAUUGGGGAGGAUAAAUUAAGAUGUACUUUUUGAUUAUUUUAACUGAGAAAAAUCAAGUUAAAAUAGACAUUGCUUUUAUUUUGUGUCAGAUGGUGUGUCGAGUCCCCAGAAUUUGCAAAACAGUACUAUUUUAUAUUCUAUUUUGGGAUGAAUUCCAUUUUGGCACUAUUUUAUAUUCCAUUUGGGAUAUUUUUUAGUAUUUUGAAUUCUGAAUUGCUUAUUUCUUUAGCACUUGUUAGAUUUUAUAAUAGAGUGUAAUAUUAAGUCAUCAAAUUGUGCUUUUAAAAUUUAAGCUAAAAUACCCCAAGACUGGAAACGAAUACUUUAACGUACAAGUCCUCCUUAAAGGAUCUAAGGAACAUCUAAUAAAAUCUUGUUUCAACUGUUCUCCACAUCCCUAACCCUGGACUUUGCUCAGAAAGAAAGAAAAAAAAAAUCUGGUUGCCCUUAGAUAACUGUGGAGGGACCAGGAAAGUGCAUGAAUUUGGGCAGCUGUAAUGGAACAGAAAUGUACAUUUUUAAAGUCCCUUUUAUCCAGGAGAAGACUGAUGUGGAAGGAACCUUAUUUGUUUAUACAAGGUCUGCUUCUCCAAAGCACGGAUUCACCAUUAUGAAUAGGCUGAGCAUGGAAAAUAGGACAGAACCUAUUACUAAAGACUUGGAUUUCCAACUCCAGGACCCUUUCCUUCUGUACAGAAAUGCCAGAUUGUCCAUCUAUGGAAUUUGGUUUUAUGAUAAGGAAGAAUGCCAAAGAAUUGCAGAGCUUAUGAAAAACCUAACUCAGUAUGAACAGUUGAAAGCCCAUCAGGGAACUGGAGCGGGAAUCUCCCCAAUGAUCCUCAAUUCAGGAGAGGGCAAAGAAGUAGAUAUUUUACGAAUGCUCAUCAAGGCCAAAGAUGAAUACACAAAGUGUAAAACCUGUUCUGAGCCAAAAAAGAUAACCAGUUCAUCUGCCAUCUAUGACAACCCCAAUCUCAUCAAACCAAUUCCAGUGAAACCCAGUGAAAACCAGCUACCGCAUAUACCUCAGCCCAGCCAGACCUUAGACCCUGAACCCCAGCACUUAUCCUUGACAGCUCUGUUUGGGAAGCAGGACAAAGCUGCAUGUCAGGAGACUGUAGAGCCUCCACAGACCCUCCACUACCACCACCAGCUGCAGCAACAGCAGCCGCAAGAGAAGCUUCCAAUUAGGCAGGGGGCUGUUCGCUCCCUGUCCUACGAGGAACCCAAAAGACACUCGCCCCCCGUUGAGAAGCAGCUCUGUCCGGCGAUUCAGAAACUCAUGGUCAGGAACACAGACCUCCACCCAUUGUCAGAGCUGCCUGAAAACCGGCCCUGUGAAAAUGGCAGUUCCCAUUCUGCAGGAGAAGUUUUUAGAGGACCUGUCCAGCCAGGGUCUCCUCACAACACUGGGACUUCUUGUGGUAUACAAAAUGCUUCCAGAACUCAGAACCUGUUAGAGAAACUUCACAGUACCCCACUGGGGGCUGGAAACAAGUGUGACCCUAGUACACCAACACCUGCCAGCUCAGCCACGCCGAACCGCAGCAGAGCUCCCACUUCUGUCACCCCUGUGGCUCCAGGAAAGGGUCUGGCUCAGCUACCACAGGCCUAUUUCAAUGGCUGCCUUCCACCUCAGACAGUAGGACAUCAGGCUCAUGGAAGAGAACAGUCCACACUCCCAAGACAAACACUCCCCCUCUCUGGUAAUCAGAGUGGCAGUUCCGGAGUGAUCUCCCCUCAAGAGUUGCUGAAGAAGCUUCAGAUUGUGCAGCAGGAGCAGCAGCUGCAUGCCUCUAACCGGCCAGCCUUGGCCGCUAGGUUUCCUGUGCUCACUCAGAGCUCUAGAACAGGAAAACCCUUGGAAUCCUGGCUCAGCAAGACAUCCAGCACAGAACAGCAGACUCCUCUUUUUCAGGUCAUCUCACCUCAGCGCAUCCCUGCUACAGCAGCUCCUUCUCUGCUCAUGUCCCCCAUGGUGUUCACACAAUCCACCUCCGUCCCACCAAAAGAAAGGGAGAGCGGCCUCUUGCCUGUGGGAGGCCAGGAGCUGCCUGCUGCCGCCACCAGCCUCCUCCUGCCCAUGCAGAGCCCAGAGCCCUCCUUGAUCACCAGCAGCCCACUCACCAAGCUCCAGCUCCAGGAAGCACUGCUGUACCUCAUCCAGAACGACGACAACUUCUUAAAUAUAAUCUAUGAAGCCUAUCUCUUCAGCAUGACUCAAGCAGCCAUGAAAAAGACUAUGUGAGAGCAAGUCCUUUUAAAACUGAUUUUCAAGGUCGUUCUAGAACUCCAGCACAAGGUUCUUUCACGUCAAGUUUUGUUUCCUUCAAUGUUUCUGCCUUUUAUUUUAAAAAAGUAUGUAUAAUAUGAAGUAAAAUGUUUCAGACUUUUUUUU